AUGGAGACAGCAAAGGGCCGGCAAUCCAUGAACUCUUCGCCCUCAGGAACCUCCAACAACUUCCACAGCCUCAAGAAGAUACGGAAAACCCAGUUCGAGAAGGAUAUGAAUGCACUGGAGAAGGAUCGUCUGUGCCAGCUGCUCAAGAAGGACGCCCGAGCCAACUCGAGGCAGUUCUGGGAGGCCAUGAAGGCCGCGGCGGUGCAGCGGUACGAGAGCACGGAUGGAGCCUUCCUGGCCUUCGCCAGCACGUCGGACUGUAUGAUGUCGUUGGAGCAGUUUCAGGAGCUAUGCGAGGAGCUGGGCUUCACGCUGUCUCUCAGCACAGCCCGGAGCCUCUUCGACCAGAAGUUGCGUGACUGGGACAUGCGGGCGCUCUCGCUGCAGGAUUUUCAGGAUGCUUGCAUCGUGGCACAGCUGGACCGCACGCGCGGGCGGAUGCGAUCGCACAAGCAGAAUCUCCUUGCGUGUGCCAGUCACAUUGACAACUUCAUCAAGCGACUUGGACAUUUCUAUGACGGCUUUCCCCAUCUGCCGCUCCAUCUCCAGAACCUCGCCCUCUACACGGGCGAAGACUCCCGGCGGCGAGCCGUCAACCGCUUCCAACAGAAGCUGACGCCCCGGUUCUGUGAGUCUCUUUGGAUAAGCCUGCAGCAAUGGGCUCAGCGCCGUGCACAGCUCGCGGAGGCAACGAUCUCCUGUGACAUCUUCCUGAAGAUGGUGGAUGGGAUCCACUCUUUCCAGGCAUAUGAGGUGGAGUUCCUGUCGCACAUCUAUGAGCGUGUGGACCGAACUCGGAAGGGCGAGGUGUUCUUGCCUGACCUUGCUGUAGCCGUCAUGCUGCUGGCAACCAAUGGAAGUCGCUGCGACAAGGCGCGCCUCAUCUUUACGGUCUUCGACACCGUCGCUUGGCAGCAGACGUCUUGGUGCGGCGUGAUGGGUGGCGAUCAGCCUUCCUACGAUGCAGAUCUCCUUCUGGGUGAUGAACUCUCCCUUGCGAAGGCACGCCGGUUCUACGAGUAUACGGCUGCGCAUCCCUCUGAUGCCCUGGACGACGACCUCUGCACUUUCGAAGAGUGGUGGUGCUGCGCCCACGAGGUCGCUGCGAGCGGCCAGAAUCCAAGAAGCCUUCAAAGCACGGGAGGAGGCCUGAGUGGAAUUUGUUGCGGACUGCGGCCAUCCUCGCCGGAGACGGCUCUGGAGAUCGCAGAGGAGAUGAGGGUGACCAGAACUCGCGCAAAGCUUCGAAGAUGGUCGAGAAGGUCCCUUCGAAGCGGCGGACCGUCGCCCCAGAGAAAAGCGGCCUCCGACCGCCCUCCGCAAGGCGAGUUCCAGAAGAUUCCGCCGAGAAGUUUCGCAUUCAUGCGGCCAUCCGGUUUCGGCACGCUGUGCGGGGAGAGUGGGAAGCAGUGGCAGCACUACAAUCUGGACCACCAGGGAGUGCCGACCAUCACAACUUGGCUUUGCCAGCGCUGGCAGAGGAGAGGGCGCAGCGAAGCGCCCUAUGGGCUGAUGCCGUUGGGUCCUUUAGCAAGCGGCAACGCCGGGGCAACUGGAAUGACAACCACCGCGACACAAUCACGAAUUGGUCGCAGCUGGUGCCACGGGAUGAGGACAAGGCCAAGAAGUCGGAGCGCGGCCUCCUGCGCACCCCGCAGACGCGGUCGCUACCCGAGCUACGCAGGAACUCCAGGAGCUCGCUUGGCGCGGAUUCGAU